UUGAAGACUUCUGGCAACGCCAAUCGCACACGUCACCUGCCGUUGCGAAAAGUAUGUAAUUUUUAUUGUUUACGUCUCCGGUUCUUGUUUUUUGUGGGUCAUUUGUGUAAUAUGAAGUUCGCCGACGUGCUGCGUCGCCUGGACGCCUAUCCGCGCACCUUGGACGAUUUCAGCGUUCGCACUGUGGGCGGCGCCGCAGUUACAAUAAUCAGCACCAGCACCAUAAGUAUCCUGAUAUUCCUCGAGUUCCUGAGCUACAUGCAGCCCACCUUGAAUGAGGAGCUGUUCGUCGACACAACUAGGGGUCACAAGUUGAGAAUAAACCUGGAUGUAACGCUUCACAAUCUCGCCUGCAACUACAUCUCCUUGGACGCGAUGGACUCCUCGGGGGACACCCACCUAAGGGUGGACCAUGAUGUCUUCAAGCACCGGCUGGAUCUCAAGGGGGAGCCCCUCAAGGAGACGCCCAUCAAGGAAAUUGUGGCCGUCUCGCCGCCCAAUAAGAACGUGACCUGCGGCAGUUGCUACGGAGCGGAGCACAAUGCCACCCACUGCUGCAACACGUGCGAAGAAGUGCUGGACGCCUACCGGCUGCGCAAGUGGAAUGUGGCAGUGGACAAAAUCGAGCAAUGCAAGGGCAAGUACAAGCGCAGCGAUGAGGACGCCUUCAAGGAGGGCUGCCGCAUCCAGGGCCACCUGGAGGUGAACCGCAUGGCAGGCAGCUUCCACUUUGCGCCCGGCAAGAGCUUCUCCAUACGCCAGUUCCACAUCCACGACUUUCAGUUCAGCAAUGUGAAGCUAUCGCACACCAUCAAUCACUUGUCCUUUGGCGAGAAGAUCGAGUUCGCCAAGACACAUCCUCUGGAUGGACUGCGAGUGGAUGUCGCUGAAACAAAAAGCGAAAUGUUCAAUUACUAUUUAAAAAUUGUGCCCACGGUAUAUAUGCGGGGAAGUAAUUACGGGGAGCCCAUAUACACGAAUCAAUUCUCCGUCACGCGAUACCGGAAAGAUCUUUCAGAUCGGGAGCGAGGAAUGCCGGGAAUAUUCUUCAGCUACGAACUGUCGCCGCUGAUGGUGAAAUAUGCCGAGAAGCACAACUCCUUUGGUCACUUCGCCACGAAUUGCUGUUCCAUCAUUGGAGGCGUCUUCACGGUGGCCGGCAUUCUGGCCGUGCUGCUGAACAACUCCUGGGAGGCCAUUCAGCGCAAAUUGGAAGUGGGCAAGCUCAGCUAACAACAAUUUGAAUCUCUUGUGCAGCUUCGAUGCAGCUUUACUACGCCUAAUUCAUUAUACAUUCGACAAAUCUCCAAAUAAAAGUGCUUAAUUUUAUAGAAAAUGAA